AUCAGACAUUCCUCCUGUCCCUCACUUGACCGAGCUCAGUACCAAUGAGGAGACUUCAUAUCAUUGUACCUGGAGUUGGAAAACAAACAAAGAUUCAACGUACGUGGAGCAUCAAGUGAUUUUAACAUCAGAGAGAAAUGGAUGAAAAUGGCGCUAGGGAGAGGAAGGAGUCGCUGAAUGGCUCCACUGGCCCCAGCAUGGAUUCUCCUGCUAAGGACAAACAGGCUGUGAAGGCCGCUGUGCUUCAAAAAGAUGUUGGUCUGCUGAGUGGCAUCGGUUUUAUUGUGGGGAGUAUGAUCGGCUCAGGCAUCUUCAUUUCUCCCAAGGCUGUUCUGCUGUAUAGUGGAGCUGUGGGACCGUGCCUCCUCACCUGGGCUGCCUGUGGCGUGAUUUCCACUAUGGGGGCACUGUGCUACGCUGAGCUUGGCACCAUGAUCACCAAAUCCGGCGCAGAUUAUUCAUAUUUAAUGGAGGCUUUUGGCCCCAUUUUGGCCUACCUCUACUCCUGGACCACUGUCAUUGUGUUGAGGCCUUCAGCCUUUGCCAUCAUCACGCUGAGCUUUGCAGAAUAUGCCUCCACUCCUUUCUACCCUGGCUGCACUCCUCCCCUCAUUAUUACCAAGUGUCUGGCUGCAGCAGCUAUAUGUGUCGUCGUCUCAGUCAACUGUUUUAGUGCUAGACUGGCGAGAUAUGUGCAGAAUUUCUUUACUGCAGCUAAACUUUUAAUCAUUUUUAUCAUAACGGGGGCUGGAAUUGUUCUGUUAGCUCAAGGAAAUACUGAGAAUUUUUCAAAUGCAUUCAGUGACACUCCGCCAUCUUUUGGAGCAAUUGGUCUUGCGUUUUAUAACGGGUUAUGGGCCUUUGAUGGAUGGAACCAACUGAAUUUUAUCACAGAGGAAGUGAAAGACCCAUACAGGAACUUGCCACUGGCCAUUAUUAUUGGGAUCCCCUUGGUUUCUGUGUGCUAUGUAAUGGUCAACAUUGCUUACUUCACUGUCAUGACCUCCACUGAAGUGCUGGUGUCUCCAGCUGUUGCUGUGACGUUUGGGGACAAAGUCUUUUAUCCUCUGUCCUGGAUCGUUCCACUUUUUGUUGUCUUCUCUACAAUUGGUACUGCCAAUGGAUCCUGCUUCAGUGGUGCCAGACUGACGUAUGUAUCUGGUAGAGAGGGUCACAUGGUGAAAAUUUUAUCCUAUAUCAGUCCAAAGUACUGUACACCAUUACCUGCUCUCAUACUGAAUGGUGUUUUGGCUAUGUUCUACCUUAUCCCAGCUGACAUUAACACCCUUAUAAACUACUUCAGCUUUGCCCAGUGGAUGUUUUAUGGUCUGACAACACUGGGACUCAUAGUGAUGCGAUUCACAAGGAAGGAGCUCCACAGACCAGUGAAGGUGCCAGUUGUCAUAGCGGGCCUGAUGGUGCUGGUGUCUGGCUACUUAGUCCUGGCCCCCAUCAUUGAUAAGCCAGAAGUGGAAUAUAUCUACUGUGCAGUGUUCAUGUUCAGUGGAUUUCUACUCUAUUACCCUUUUGUUCACCGUAAGGUUGAAUGGGCACGCAAACUCAUGAGGCCCAUUACUAUUUAUCUCCAGCUGCUGAUGGAGGUAGUUCCUCCAGAGAAAACGGAAUGAAAAUGGACAGAAGAGAAAACCACGAUGACUUCUGCUGCUUGUCAUGAUUCACAUUGUGCCUGGUUCUGGAGACAGGCCAAUCCAACGCCUGGGGUCAGAGGUGGAUCAGGGUCAAAAACAAAGUAGCUGGUGUGUUGUAUUGUGUUUGUGGACUGGUGUGACCAGUCAUUUCUGCUGAUAUGUUGUUGUUUUUUUUAACAUGACAGCCUGAAUGACCAUGUUCUGGUGAAAUCUUUAUGAAAUCACUACAACUUCCACUGCUCUGACAUCAAUACUUGAACACUCACGAGAAAGUGGAGUCUAUGACAACAAUGCCAAUCGUGACAUUUAUCUGCACUCGGAAUGGGAACGGUUUUAAAUACGAUAAAGAUGCGAGAAUUUGAAAAAAAACCAAAAAACACAAACGUUCAUGUUUCGGAAACAUGUUUAUUUUCUUAAAUAAUAUUUGCAUAUAGAACGCGUGUGCUUCCUUGUUUUCCAUUUGUUUUACGAAAGUUUUAUAUUGUCAUUUUCAGCCUUUUUGACUUUGUACUCUCCUUCACCUUUUGCAUUGUACGGAACCUUGUACUGUUUUGAAAUGCACUCCAUACACCACAAGAAAAAUAAAUAAAUAAAUAACAUAAAACAGGAAAUAAACAAUAUGUGAUUCCAGCAAAUAGCUCUGCCUAUAAGUUGCAUGUGCUUGGCACUUUAGGAGACGGAUAAUGAAUGUAUUAUUCAAAUAAAUACUCUUAGAAAGCAGAGAACAUCACAUUGAUUGCAAUCAUUGCAGGAUUCAGAACAGUGCGAUUGAAUAAAAUCACAAAAAAAUGGCAGAGCCUCUGGAUAUUACUCUUGUCCAGCACUCUGUGGGAGUUGGGUCUUUGUUGCCCUAUAGAGGCACUUCACACAUUAGGUUUUCCCGAUGUACAAUCCUUAGAGUGCAAGUGAAGAUUUUCUCCAGUAGGUGCCAGUAAAUGUUGCUUUAAUUGGCUUCACUGAAUGCGAGGAUUCUCAGAAGAGCUGCUCACUCACUUCUGCCAAAUUACACUGGAACUGUCUGUAGAAGCAGCAUGUGGGUUGUGUAGCCAGACGUGCUUGGCUCAGUUUUAAUGUGCGUGGUGUUUUCAGUAAAGAAAGCUGUUGUCUCUCAACAGGUCCCACGUGAAGACUGAAUCCUUUUUUUUCCACAAAUUCCAGGACUCUGCUGGCACUAAUCCGAUCAAAGAUGAGAUUUUUUACACAUUGCCGUAAAGAUGAGCACUUACAUCCUGUUUCAUCACUCUUUUAUAGGCACUGGGUCCCAGGAAGAACAUUCAUCAUUUGGUUAGUGGGCAGAGGAAAGUGAUAUUGUUCAGAAUGUAUUAAAAUUGUUUUUAUGUUUUAUCGGAGCCGCAGAUGACGCAAAACAAUGCUGCAUUCAGUGUCAGCAGAGUUUUAAGAUUUGAUUUUGUGGCAGUUACAAAAUGGGAAAAGUCUGACUCUGUUGUUUAAUGUACUAUUACAUUAAACGACAGAGUAGCUUGUUAAUACUCGAUGUAUUGUUAAAUCAAGUCAAGGUGGAGCCACUUUCACAACUUAAAUGAUGUCUUCAUAAAGUUAUAAGUACCUUAUAUCUGUGGUUCUAAACCAGGUAUUAAAAAGAUCAUUCUGGAAUAAAACAUUGGAUAAUUGGACCAUCUAAAAAUGUUGAGGGGAAAUGCAAAUAACUGAAUUGUGCCAAAUUGUGCCAAAACGUCUCAAUCUGACACUGGGUUUGGGCUGUUGUAGGCCAAAUGUAACCAUAACACAUUUUAACUUAUAUA